AUGUGUGACGAUGAUGUAGCAUCUUUGGUUGUCGACAACGGCUCCGGUAUGUGCAAGGCCGGUUUUGCCGGUGAUGACGCACCCCGUGCCGUUUUUCCAUCCAUCGUCGGCAGACCACGUCAUCAAGGUGUCAUGGUCGGCAUGGGACAAAAGGACAGCUACGUAGGAGAUGAAGCCCAAAGCAAACGUGGUAUCCUUACUUUAAAAUACCCAAUUGAACAUGGUAUCAUCACUAACUGGGAUGAUAUGGAGAAAAUCUGGCAUCACACUUUCUACAAUGAACUUCGUGUUGCCCCAGAAGAGCAUCCAAUCCUGUUGACUGAAGCCCCGUUGAACCCAAAGGCUAACCGCGAAAAGAUGACCCAAAUUAUGUUUGAAACCUUCAACGCACCUGCCAUGUAUGUUGCCAUCCAAGCUGUAUUAUCUCUGUACGCUUCCGGUCGUACCACUGGUAUCGUUUUGGACUCAGGUGACGGUGUCUCUCACACUGUCCCUAUCUACGAAGGUUAUGCAUUGCCUCAUGCUAUCCUCCGUUUGGACUUAGCUGGUCGUGACUUGACCGACUACUUGAUGAAGAUCUUGACCGAGAGGGGUUACAGCUUCACCACUACUGCUGAGCGUGAAAUCGUCCGUGAUAUCAAGGAAAAAUUAUGUUAUGUCGCUUUGGACUUCGAACAGGAAAUGGCCACGGCCGCCGCUUCCACCUCCUUAGAGAAAUCCUAUGAAUUACCUGACGGACAGGUCAUCACCAUCGGAAACGAACGUUUCCGUUGCCCAGAAUCCUUGUUCCAACCUUCAUUUUUGGGAAUGGAAUCUUGUGGUAUCCAUGAAACCGUAUACAACUCCAUCAUGAAGUGCGAUGUUGACAUCAGAAAGGAUUUAUACGGUAACACUGUACUCUCCGGAGGUACAACCAUGUACCCAGGUAUUGCCGACAGAAUGCAAAAGGAAAUCACCGCAUUAGCCCCAAGCACGAUCAAAAUUAAGAUCAUUGCCCCACCAGAACGUAAAUAUUCCGUAUGGAUUGGUGGUUCCAUCUUGGCUUCUCUGUCCACCUUCCAACAGAUGUGGAUCUCCAAACAAGAAUACGACGAAUCCGGCCCAGGCAUUGUCCACCGUAAAUGUUUCUAA